AUGUCGGGCAGGUCGGUCCGAGCGGAGACCCGGAGCAGGGCGAAAGAUGACAUCAAGCGGGUUAUGGCCGCGAUUGAGAAAGUACGGAAAUGGUAAGACAGAGGGAAAAAACACUCGUUGCCUAACAUGAGGAAAAGCCUUGCUUGUUGGGGGCAGAGGGGAGGGGGGAGAGAACGAGCAAGAAUGCAAUUGAAAGACUGCUGAUAUUUUAAGGGAAUUUAGGACAGAUUGCCCUUCUCAGGUGCGCUAGGGCGCACUCGUGGUGUGCGCGACUACGUAUAUCUAAUCGCCUACAAACCAGAUCCCUAUGAUUUUAGAGAAUUUUCCACCAAGGUUUAAUGUGGGUUGAACCCAGAAGCCAUUUCGUUGCAGUCACAUGAAGCCAUUCCUUUCUCCUGGCGGCUGUAGUAGUGAAGAGGGAGAGCCGACUGUUUCAGAACGCCGACUCGACGCAAAUCAUUCAAAAACACACUUCUGGACUAUAGGCUACGACUAGUGCGCUCUAGAGUCUGAGUACUUUUUAGACCGUCUGGAGUUUUAAAUGAAGCGCUUUGAGUCGCCCUUUAGGUCGAAAAGAGAUUGCGCGUGGGGGCUGGGAGAGGGAGUACUCAUGUUUGACUGAAGACGCAAUGAGUCAGUCUCAGGGUUUUACAAAUAUAACAUUUUCAAAGUUUAGCAAUACCACUGAAUUUUUUUCCCUUUCAAAAUAUGUUAAUUAAUUGUUUUCUAGCAAGGCACCAUUUAUUUUCACCAGUGGGUUAGUUUGAUUAGUUUACUUUAUGAAUUAAAAUUGAGAUUCUGCACUCGUGUCCCCAUUAUUAAGUAAUUCUGCUAAAACAUUUGAAAAAUCACUGUUAAAAAGCAAUAGGACCAUAUUGAAGGCUAUUUGCAAAUUACAAUCAGGAAACCUUCAAGAUGGAAAGAAUUAAAACAAAUUCUAAUAGCCUACCAAAGUUUGUUUUCGUGUUUAUGUUUCAAUUGUGCUUUUCAAUUGUAAUAGGCCCACAUUUGUAUCGAAUCUGCUAGUGCAGAAAUUAAAUUACUGUUUUAUUAUUAUUAUGCAAAAAGGCCUCAUUGGUUUUAACUAGGAGGGAUGGGAACCAUUAUGCUAUUAAUCAAUCAAUCAAAUUGUAUUUACUUUUAUUACUAUAGUCUGUGACUGUCUCCAUGUUCUUGUUUCUGUCUGACUGACUGACUUUUUUCUUUGUGGUGUUUUGCGUGUACCACUGGUCCAGUUGAUACCACUAAAGAAACAUUGAAUGGGAAUUGAAUUGAACCAUUAAAUUAAUUCUAAACCUGUGUGUGUUUGUGUGUGUGUGUGUGUGUCUACAAGGGAGAAGAAAUGGGUGACAGUUGGUGACACGUCCCUGAGGAUCUUCAAGUGGGUUCCAGUGACUCAGCCCAAAUCAGCAGAUGAUGUACGUAAUCCCCCCCACACACGUCAGCUGCAUUCAAGUUCAGUAGAUUAGUUUUUUACAGGAAUUCUCUAAGCACCUCUUCAAACUCCACAAACUCACAUCACGUCACUGUGUUGUAUGUAACCAGUAUUUCUGCCGCCAUCUGUUAUCUUGCAGAAGAAUAAGAAGAAGAAAAAGGGGAAGGAUGAGAAGUAUGGGUCAGAAUUGACCACACCAGAGAAUAGCUCUUCUCCUGGGAUGAUGGACAUGCAUGGUGAGUAAUGCUCAUUUCAGAGUCCAUAGCCACGAUACUCUGGCGAACGGUCCAUUAUUACUAAUCCUGGAUGCUGAUUGGUUAAAACCGCAUUCCAGCCAGCGUCUAUUCCACAAGUUACCACAGGCUAAAGCUAUGACGUUGAAAGGCCUAUUUACUCUGUUCCAUCGCACUGCGCAAUCCACUGUCUCAUCAUCCCAACCAGCCAAUUUAUAAACUUGAUCUCCACUAUAAAGAUAAUCUAUACAUUAUCUAACAUUUCUUUUAGAGUAGCAUUUGGUUUUCAACAGCGGAGAUUUGUAUAAACCUUGCUGUAUGUAUCCGAAAUGUGCAACAUUGUUUCAAUAUUGAAAUUCAAUCUCCAGCUGUCCCAUAGUAAUGAACGAGUCGGGACGAGACAGACAGACAGCUUUUCUCAGCCAGCAUAAUUUUUAUGGAUAUGUACAAAGAAAUAUCAAUAGAAAACAGGUCAAACAAAAUGCAGCUACUUUGCAGUCUUUCCAGCUUAAGUUUGAAGUGAUUGUGUUAGUUGUGUUGUUGGCUGAACAACAGUGUCCUGACGAGAGCGCACAUUUUCUAUGCCAGGCGAUAUCGUGCAUCAUUAGCUCAUUGUUAUGGAUGUAUCCAAAUAAAUGUCACUAGAAAGCAGCUUAAACAAAUGCAAAUGCAGCUACUUUGCUGUUAUUCUGGCUGCACUGUUUGACAUGACUGUAAGUUAUCAUUAUUUGAAUAUGUUGGUAACCCGUUGUAUAAAAGUGAUAAUGCCCUCGAAGCCAGUGUUUGGAGGAUAUAUUGGCACAGUUUGCUAACAACACCCAUGCCAAUACAGUGCAUUCGGAAAGUAUUCAGACACUUUGACUUUUUCCACAUUUUGUUAUGUUACAGCCUUAUUAUAAAAUUGAAUUAAAAAAAAAAACAUCCUCAUUAAUCCACACACAAUACCCCAUAAUAACAAAGCGAAAACAGGUUUUUAGAUUUUUUUGCAAAUUUGUUAAAAAUAAAAAACAGAUACCUUAUUCACAUAAGUAUUCAGACCCUUUGCGAUGAGACUCGACAUUGAACUCAGGUGCAUCCUGUUUCCAUAGAUCAUCCUUGAGAUGUUUCUACAACUUGAUGGGAGUCCACCUGUGCUAAAUUCAAUUGAUUGGACAUGCUUUGGAAGGGCACACACUUGUCUAUAUAAGGUCCCACAGUUGACAGUGCAUGUCAGAGCAAAAACCGAAGGAAUUGUCCGUAGAGCUCUGAGACAGGAUUGUGUUGAGGCACAGAUCUGGGGAAGGGUAUCAAAAAAUGCCUGCAGCAUUAAAGGUCCCCAAGAACAGCGGUCUAAGGCACUGCAUCAUGAAAAACAAAACAAAAAAGUUCUUAAAUGGAAUAAGUUUGGAACCACCAAGACUCUUCCUAGAGCUGGCCGCCCGGCCAAACUGAGCAAUCGGGGGAUAAGUGCCUUGGUCAGGGAGUUAACCAAGAACCCGAUGGUCACUCUGGCAGAGCUCCGGAGUUCCUCUGUGGAGAUGGGAGAACCUUCCAGAAGGACAACCAUCUCUGCAGCACUCCACCAAUCAGGCCUUUAUGGUAGAGUGGCCAGACAGAAGCCACUCCUCAGUAAAAGGCACAUGACAGCCCGCUUGGAGUUUGCCAAAAGGCACCUAAAGGACUCUCAGACCAUGAGAAACAAGAUUCUCUGAUCUGAUGAAACCAAUAUUGAACUCUUUGGCCUGAAUGCCAAGCAUCACGUCUGGAGGAAACCUGGCACCAUCCCUAUGGUGAAGCAUGGUGGUGGCAGCAUCAUGCUGUGGGGAUGUUUUUCAGCGGCAGGGACUGGGAGACUAGUCAGGAUCGAGGGAAAGAUGAACGGAGCAAAGUACAGAGAGGUCCUUGAUGAAAACUUGCUCCAGAGCGCUCAGGACCUCAGACUGGGGCGAAGGUUCACCUUCUAACAGGACAACGACCCUAAGGACACAGCCAAGACAAUGCAGGAGUGGCUUCGGGACAAGUCUCUGAAUGUCCUUGAUUGGCCCAGCCAGAGCCCUGACUUGAACCCGAUCAAACAUCUCUGGAGAGACCUGAAAAUAGCUGUGCAGCGACACUCCCCAUCCAACCUGACUGAAUACUUUAUGUAAAUGUUAUAUUUUUUUGUUUGUUUUUGUGCAAAUAUUUCUAAAAACCAGUUUUUGCUUUGUCAUUAUGGGGUAUUGUGUGUUGGUUGAUGAGGGGAAAAAACAAUUGAAUCCAUUUUAGAAUAAGGCUGUAACAUAACAAAAUAUGGGAAAAGUCAAGGGGUCUGAAUACUUUCCGAAUGCACUGUAUAUCCUCCAAACACCGGCUUCUCGGGCAUUAUCACUUAAUUACAAACCUUGGUUGUUAUCUAGUUGCGGCUGUAUCUCACAAUAAACCAUGUGGCUCUGCCGCUUUGAACUCUGUAGGACACUUAACACCCGCUGUGUGGGUCAGUGUAUAUGCCUGUGGACCCAGAAAGUUAAACCAAAUUAAAACCCCUCUCUCGCUCCUUCUCUCUUUCAGACGACAACAGUAACCAGAGUUCCAUCGCCGACUCCUCCCCUGUCAAACAGGAAACCAGCUGCAGCACUAGCCCCGCCCCCGAACCCACUGCCGUAUCCCACGGCGACAGCAGUGAGGCCAAGAGCGACCAGAGCCCUGACAGCAAGAGGGGUGAGACAUGCACACACACACCCACCACCACGAACAGGGUGUAUCACUGACAAUUGCCCAGCCUGAAAUCCCCUCCUUUUGUGGCCCUUUCCUUAGACACUUCUAAUAGAACUGGAUGGUUGAAGCUAAUGGUAGGGUUUAGAAGAACAGUGUAUAUUCAAUUGCUGUUUGGUUAGCUGGUUAGGCCUGAAGUUACAGGGCAGUAGUCAGAGACUCAUCACCCUGAGAGGGGGAGAGAGAAGGAUAUAGAGAGAGAGUUCAGCUGUGACCAGACCCUUGGUGCUUCAAUUGCCAACCAUCCAUCUUCACCCCUACUAACAAGAGACCUCUCUCAGCCUGGUGCAAAAUACAACUCUCGCUCUACCCCGCUCUCUUUCUCUCUACCCCUCUCCUCUCUCUAGUAGCCCUACAUAUAAUACUCCUCCCCAGUUAUGCCUUUGUAGCUGAACAUGUGUAACUAUUGCAUAUUACCACACAGAGGCAUCAAUGUGUUUAGAAUUCCUUUCCAGUAUCCCUUGACUUGAGUUGUUUGUAGUAAAAAAGGGGAAAACAUGAAUACUCAACAGUAGAAUGUCUUGUAACAGAAACGAUGCAUGAUUUAUCUGGGCCCUUAUUAAUUGAUGGUCAAACGCAGUCAUUCAACAGUAACAGAUCUGACAGGUUUACCAGGUGAUUCAUGUCAUGUGUUAAUGUGUGUGUGUGUGUCUGUGUUUGUGGUGCAGGGAAGAGCAACCUGUCCACUGAGGGCUCAGAGAGAGGACAGAGGGACAAGAGAGACAGCAGACAGACGUCCUCAGGAGACAAGGACACCUCAGACAGCCGCAAAGCCACUCAGGUACUCUACUCUACGUUCUACUAUACUGUAUAUUCUACUCUUUCUCCAUGAAGAAGAUGAGUGGCCUGAGGACCUCCUUGGAAACCAGAUGAUUAAUUUAAGGGUUUUUAUCCCAUCCACAUUUCUAAAUGAAUAGAUGGACCGAUAACUUCCUCAGCUGUAGUUGUGUUUGUAUGUUUUGUAGGCGGCAGGUAGCCUAGCGGGUAAGAGUGUUGGGACAGUGGGGCCUCCCGAGUGGUGCAGUGGUCUCUGUGCCACUAGAGAUCCUGGUUCGAGUCCAGGCUCUGACGCAGCCGGCCAUGACAGGGAGACCCAUGGGCGGCGCACAAUUGGCCCAGCGUCAUCCAGGUUUGGGGAGGGUUUGGUGCAGUGCACACUGACACGGUCGCCAGGGUAACGAUGUUUCCUCUGACACAUUGUUGCGGGCUGGCUUCCGGGUUAAGCUGGCACUGUGUCAAGAAGCAGUGCGGCUCGGUUGGGUUGUGUUUCGGAGGACGCACGGCUCUCGACCUUCGCCUCUCCCGAGUCCGUACGGGAGUUGCAGCGAUGGGACAAGACUGUAACUACCAAUUGGAUACCACGAAAUUGGGGAGAAAAAUGUGGUAAAAUAAAAUAACAAAAAACUAUGAUAAAAUAAAAAAAGUGUUGGGACAGUAACCGAAUCACUGAGCCGACUAGGCCAAAAAUCUGUCGGUGCCCUUGAGCAAAACACUUAACCCUAAUUGCUCCUGUAAGUCGCUCUGGAAAAGAGUGUCUGCUAAAUUACUAAAAUGUCAAAAAUGUAUGUUAGCAGAGGCAAGCUGGUACAGCCUUGUUUUAGCUAAAACACCAUUAUCUGACUGCGUGUUUGUCUCUGGGCUGGCAGGAACAGGAGGAAGAGGCUCCUCCCAGUAAGAAGAGCAAGCAGGAGUCUCCAUCUCAGGACUACGAGGAGAAAUAGCCGCUGCAUCCUUUCUUCUCUCUAUCCUCUUCCUUCCCUCCCUCUCUUCCUCCCCCC